AUGUCAUUGCCGGCCCCAACCAUUUGAGCUGCUUUUUUGCCUUGGAGAUCAACAUUGAUGACAAACUUCCGGCAACUGCAGCGAGCAGACCCGAAGCAAACUGUGCCCCCUUGCGAACCGCCGUGAUUGCGAUCACUCGCAUUACCAACCACAAUGAAUGCGCCGAGCUUGCUGACGAGGAGGGCCGCCUCCAUCUGCUUCUCUUGCCGCCGCAAUCUGUUGCGCCAGCGCCAAUUCUCGACGAGCCCCUGCUCGCUGGUCGCCGCAUUCCAAGCCUAUACUCUCCCGUCCCGGCCGCCACCGACAGCGCGCAACGCCUCCGUCCCAGACACCUCGAUCGCGACCCCGAUAGAGACGCCGGCUAUGCCCAAGAUCCACGAGACCAGGCCACCACCGAAGCAGGGGGCACCGCCGGAGACAGCGGACAAGUCGAUCCCGGAAAGGGAAGCGCAACAGUCCAAGGCUGGCUUUGCCGCGACACCGACAUCAGAACCGACCUCGUCCCCAAACUCGUCUCCACAACCAUCUCCAACCAGUGCCCCGUCGUCAGCGACGGCAGGAGCAGGAGCAGGGACAGGAACAGCAGCCAAACCCUCGGCGCGGCCCCGCUCCCGCCUGCGCGCCCGCAAAGCCGCCAUCACCCUGACGCCGGCGGCGGUGGAGCACCUACGGGCGCUGCUGGACCAGCCCGAGCCCAAGCUGAUCAAGGUGGGCGUGCGCAACCGCGGGUGCUCGGGGCUGGCCUACCACCUCGAGUACGUCGAGAAGCCGGGCGCGUUCGACGAGACGGUGGAGCAGGACGGCGUCAAGGUGCUCAUCGACAGCAAGGCGCUCUUCAGCAUCAUAGGGAGCGAGAUGGACUGGGUCGAGGACAAGCUGAGCCAGCGGUUCGUCUUUCGGAAUCCGAAUAUCAAGGAGCAGUGUGGGUGUGGCGAGUCGUUUAUGGUUUGAUGGAGCGAAGAGGGAGGGAUACUGGCACCACGCACGACCCCGAACGGGGAAGGAAAAUUGGCUUCAGCGAGUUAUGAUAUUGAGGGGUGACAUGACACCCCAUGUUUGCAUGAGCACGCUGUCGCGUGAAGCCGGAUUUGCUGGAUCAUUGUGCCGGCGUGAACGGGUAAUCGCCCCGCGCCCCAAGUUAUGUAGAAUAGUUUUAGGAUACCAGGUAACCGUUACGGCGUCUCCUUUCUCCCGGACGAGGCUGGGAAAAAUUAUGGAUGCGAUUAACAAACGAUGACAUACAACAGCGCACUUCUGGUAAGGUGUCAUACACAAAAAACACAGAUACGUAAGCCAUGACCAAGAGGUUGCUAUAGAUAACUAGAAUCCCCUCCUGUGGUUGGGGAAGUGUUUCAAGGUGGGGGGGACCUGACCGGAGGGGACCUGUCGGGACGGGACGAGC